CGUAUCCAGUGACGUCAGACUCGGCACUGAUGGCUCUCUAGCCAAUGGAAAGGCAAACCGGUUCUUAGAAGGAUCGGCAGUGGAACUAACUUUGAACCAGCACUCGGUUCUUUUUGGUGGGAAAGGGGUAUGGGUGAAUCAGGCUCUGCUAUGGAGGUUCUUGCUGGAGCAGGACACUGUUGUGACAUCUGUACAUCAUGACCACCUUCAUUAGGUCUAGUUUUCAGUUUCUGUUACACAAGAAAAAAAAAUAAAACACUAAACAAACUUUACUGUAAGCAGAAAUGUGCAGAAAUGCUGAAAUCUAGUGGACGUCUGCAGGAACCUCUAUAAACACACACUACUCCAUAGAUCAUCUCACCAGACGACCUCACACUGAAACUGUUCAGAGAAAUGAUGGAUAAAUAUAUAAUAACUAAGUCACUAACGUGUGUGUGUGUGUGUGUGUGUGUGUGUGUGUGUGUGUGUGUGUGUGUGUGUGUGUGUGUGUGUGUGUGUGUGUGUGUGUGUGUGUGUGAGAUCUGCUUCCUCAUUUAAACAUGAUGUAUAUUUUCUUGUUGUGUUUUAAACUGUAUUUUGUGUUUGGUUUCUGUUGGAGAUUCCAGAAAAGAACAAGAUCUUCCUGAGAGACUUUUUUACUGAAGAAGAACAAACAUAAAACCUUCUUUUUUCCUACAGGAUAUGAUGUAAUCUUUACCCACAUGUCCCCUGUGACAGGAUCUCUUACCUCAAGUUUUUUCUACUGCAUGUUGAAUCAAAGGGGAAACACACACUGAUGUUUCCAGACAUGUUUACAUACACACACACACACACACACACACACACACACACACAGACAUAUAGAUAAAUAGAAGCCAUGAGCAGAAAUGAGAGAGUGUUUGUCAAAACUGUAAAAGCUUUUUCAUUUUGUUUACAAUAAAAAACAUGCACACAAAUUGUUGAGGAAAAUAUUGAACAAAUAGAUAAUGUCUAAGUCACUAAAGAUGCUGUGUGUGUGUGUGUGUGUGUGUGUGUGUGUAACAGUUGAAAUGGCGACAGCAACAAGUGGACCAGCUUGUACAGGAGGCUGUAGGAGGAACAGAGGAGAAGAUUAGAGAAAUGGAGAAGUCAGUCGAUCAGCUGCAGCAGCAGUACAAGUACACUAUAUAUAAAGACCAGGUCAAAGUGUUCUGCAGUGACCAGAGGAGACAGCUGAUAAACAGGCGACUGCUACCUGCAGUAGAACGUGUAAAGAAGCAUGAAGAGUGGAAAAAGGAGGACACUGAAAAUUUGGAGAGGAAGCUGAAUCAGCUGAUGUACCUGUACAGGAAAUCUGAACAAUUAAAUGAUGUCUUAUUGCUCUGCAUGGAACUGAGGUCACAGAUUAGCUGGAACAGAUUACAGUACAGCAAAGAAGAACCUUUUCUGACCAAGAGAAGUGAGUUGAACAGGAAACUGCGUGAUGUGGAACAGCUUGUACAGCAGGCUAAAGCAGGGACAAAGGAGAUCACAGAAGCGGAGAAAGCAAUAGAUGUGGUGGAGCUGCAGUACAGCAUCACUGAAUAUACAAAACACGUCUCGAUGCUAUGUGAUGUAAAGAGGACACAGCUGAAUCACCUGUAUAGUGAUGAAGGUCUAAUGAGGACAGAGGACAGAGAGUUGAACAGUCGAGUGGAUCAUGUGGAAAGGCUUGUACAGCAGGCUAAAGGAGGGACAGAGCAGAAGAUCAGAGAAGCUGAGGAGGAGAUCAGUCGGCUGGAGCUGAAGUACUUCACCACUAAAUAUUCAGGACGUGUCUCAUUGUUCUGCACGACAAAGAGGGCAGAGAUGUUCUGGUACAGACUACCACACAGUGAUAAAGAACAGAUAAUGACUGUAAAUAUAGAGGGUGAGAGCAGCAGGUAUCAAGCUCCUUAGUGGUGUGGAUGAGAUGGAGAAACAUCUGAUGGAGAUCAAGUCUUGUGGAGGGAAGAGAAUGAGUUAAAAGACCAACAUAGACACACAAACACACACACACACACACACACACACACACACACACACACACACACACACACACACACACACACACACACACACAGUAUAAUCCAGACACAGAUUCUGGAUCUGUUACAGUUCAACAGAUCAAAGUAACCCAAUUCCUGUAGAUUUUGUUUAAAAAAAAAGUGUUCAUGUGUCUGCUGUAAACGUCUUUAAUGUUGUUUUGAUUGUAAUUGUUUUUUUUCUUGUGUUUAACAUCUUGAACAUUUUACGUUUGAAGAACAAAAUGUUAAAGAUCUGCUCCAGCUGUUACACCAAUAAUAUGAUUAAUAUGAACAUGUUGAGUAACAAAGCUUCAUGCUGUAACAUGAAUGUGGUGAUUUUACAGUUGUUGUUUUUUUUUCAGAUUGUAGAUUGUGUGUCAGUGUUUUUGAAGGUUUUUGUCAUUUUACUGCAUCCUUUUUUUACAUUUAUUUAAAUAAACUAACCCAUAUUGUAGAGGUUAUUGUAGAGGUUGACCACAGGAACUGAGGAUGUUUUGAAGCUGUGAUUUAAUGUGCAGAUGAUAAUAGAGAAGAGAUUUUGGUGCUUUUCUUGUGGACAGAAUGAAGCUGUAGACAUAAGAAGUAACUAAAUGAACAGACUGAUGUUCCUGAGCCGUGUCUUCAGACUAACACUGUCAGGAUGAAACUCUGCAGACGUUCUGAAGUUUCUCUCAGCAGAUUUACUCUGAUCUUUGUUUCAUGAUGAACACAAUUCACUUCAUCUCUUCUCACUGGAUUUGCUUGAGGAAAAAAAGCUUUUCUGUAUUUUGUGUCGCAGAAACAUUUCUGUGGUGUAAAAAUGUUUGUGCUGCAUGUUUUAUAAUAAAGGGCAGCGUCGCUGUUUUUAUAGCUUCCACACUAACACACUUACAGCUACACAAACUUAUACACAAACAUAUAAACUCUUAUACACACAGUUACAGCUACACAAACUUAUACACAAACAUAUAAACUCUUAUACACACACUUACAGCUGCAUGUAUCAUUUACUCUGUAUGUGCUUUUAAAGGCAGAAUAAAUACAAGUAUCUUAGAUCAUUUUA